UACCAGGGCGACAGGUUUGAGACUCAACCUUCGGAGGAGCGUUCAACUCCGUUACUGGAUAUUUAUUUACCUGUAGAACGUUUCUUACCAGGAAUCCGGACUCUCAGCACAGUUUAGAAGGACUUUAAACGAUAUAAAAAGGACUUUAACCACAAAUUCAUAGUCAAUCCGAGAGAAACGCGCUGAACAGAUCCGGGCGCCUCUCACUUUAUCCAUAAGUUUCAGCACUCAACGAUCGAGGGAAACGAGACUAAGGAAAUAACAGUUUUGAUCUGCGACGAUUAUUUGACUGUUUUGUGAUUUCACGGCGAUUGAGGUCAACAAGCGGACAACAGACAGAUUAAUCCAGGUGGACCGUCCACCCUUUUCCCGGUAAACAUGACAAGAAUGUUAGGCGCAGUCUUUCUUCUAAUUGUUCAAGGGUCACUCGCUCAGCGGGUGAGGGUGGAGCCAGAAGUCGUGUCAUAUCCAGGUCAGACAGUGACACUGCGGUGCCAGUUUCCAAAACCGGGCGAUACCCAGCUCACUCAGGUGUCAUGGAUCCUCGAACCCGCAAAUGGAGAACGAACCAACAUUGCCGUUUUCCAUCCAACAUUUGGGGUAAACUACCCACCCAGCUCCCCAGUGUCGGGACGUGUCCAUUUUAUACAGAGCCCGCCCACCCUGGAUAAUCCGUCCAUUGAGAUCAAAGAUGUGAAGAUGACAGAUGAGGGACGAUACAUCUGCGAAUAUGCUACCUAUCCUUCUGGCAACGAACAGGGUGUGUCGUCGCUGGUCAUGCUGGCUAAACCGAGGAACACGGCUAAUAUUGUCACGGUUACAGCAGGCAACACUCCGGUCAUCGUGGCGCGCUGUGAAUCAUUAAAUGGCCGUCCUGCAGCGACCAUAUCUUGGUCCACGACACUCAGCGGAAAUGCGACGAUGCUUCCGAAGACGAACAAUCCGGACAACACUGUCACCGUCAAGAGCGAGUACAUGCUGGCCCCGCAGCCCACUGAUGACGGCAAAGACAUCACCUGCGUGGUGUCGCACCGCACCAUGGACCAACCGGAGAGGUUCCCUUUGAAACUCGUCGUUGAGUAUCCUCCACGGGUGCAGAUAGUGGGGUACGAUAAUAACUGGUACAAGGGUCGGACGAGUGCGUUUUUGACUUGUCAAGCUGAUGGAAACCCUCCCCCCACCACGGUCACCUGGAGAACUUUAUCCGGCCUGAUGCCUGAAACUGUACAGGUGCAAGAAAAUCGUCUCUCCGUGCAGAAUGUUGACGACAGCAUCAACACAACAUUCAUCUGUGAGGUCACGAACAGACUGGGAUCCAACAAAGAUCAAAUCACAGUGUUCGUAAGGGAGCAAUCUCCUUCCACAUCAAACGCGGGCGUGAUCGCAGGCGUGAUCUUCGCGUGUAUUCUGGCUCUCUUACUGAUAGCCGGUCUCGUCUUCUUCCUGGUAACCCAUAACCGUCGCCAACAGAAUGGUUACCGCGGCACCGGCAAGCCCGCCGGCGCUCCCUACGACUCCUUUACCCGCCUGUUUGGCUCUGCCAAAUCCAGCAAGAACGGCACCGGGAACAACGGCAACAACAACACGCCCAUUUACCGUGGAGACGUCGGGCUUAACGAGAAAACAGCCAACCAGGGCAUGCAUCCAGGGGGCGUGGCUCUGCUCGAGACCACCCAUACGGCUGAGGACAUCCUGCUCAGCCGAGAGAUGGAUGAGGUAGAAAGAAAGAAGUUCGACGAACUUGAAGAAGAGGACGAGAGAUAUGACCAUUUCGGUGGAGGCGGACCCAUCCUGCAGCUCCGCCCGCACGACGACGACAUGGAUGAUGAUAUGGAGUCCCAGAAUGACGGAUCUGUGAUCUCUCGGACUGCUGUCUAUGUGUAAAAGGACAGACAGGGGAGGUUAGAAAAGAUCGAAAAAAACAGUGGACCUUUCCAGAAGGAUUGCAUUUCUUCCUCUUGCAGAAUAGUCAUUUAUUGUAAAAACAAAUACAGUGAGAGAAAGGAUUAAUGGAUGAUUGAUGGAAGAAUUAAUAUGCAGGAUAUAGCACAGAUUAAAUCAAAGAAGGGUCGGGUACGGAAAUAGACACUAUACAAAAAACUGUCAGGCUUCCACUUCCUAACUAUUGCUCUGGUCAUCGUAACACGAAACGUCAAAUGUUGAAACUGCAUAAUAUAUAUGACAUGCACACAAAUGAAGUUGUAUCUUAAUGCACUGUGCUGUUGGUUAUGUAAUUGUAUUUUUAAGUUGUUUUUAUUUUUUGGUUUCAUUACUUAAAUCUUGACUCACUCAGUGUGAGUUAAAGCACACUCUCUCGGCCUUACCGCCUCUCUCUCUCUCAUUCUAUGAAAGGUGUCCCUGUAUAUUUGUCAGAUUUUAAAUGAGAUAAAGAUGCAGCGCAGACUGUUCUGAUGUGUUACACUUUCCUUAAUCAAUCAUACUGCUAUUGUCUCGGUCUAAUAUUUGACUAGCACACCUCUCUGACCCUGUUUCUUGUAAAUCACCCUCAAACCGUCAUCCGUCUAAAGAUAAAGCGUUCGGUUCACUCUCAGUCGCUCAUUAUGUGGCGCUCAAUAACUGAAUCACGGGACAUGACUCACCAGUGAAUCAUUUGGUUUCGGGGCUAAUCAAAUCCCAUCACAUCAAAGUUAAUAAAUUAUGUGAUCGUUCUCACCCACGGUCCGUUUUGUCGGUAAAAACGAUCAAAGCAACAUGUCGGGGGGUCAAAGGUUAUUCCCGCUCACGUACGUGUUAGAUAAAAGCCCUGCGGCGAUGAAUCAUUAAAAGAAUGUAGCACGUCACUGUUAAGAAUAUUACGAGGAAGUCAGGGUCACAUUAUUAGCUGCAGUAAAAGUGUAAAAUGUCACUGGAGAAUUGCUCGUGUAAACGUCCAACUCAACAUAAUGUAAUGUGUUACAACUAAACAAAGUGAUGGUGAAUACACACAAAUCUUUAUUUAGUACUUUAUGUCCAGGGUGGUUACCAUGGUCACACAGCUAAAUAUAUACCUCUCCUCUAACACCGCAGUUAUGCGUCUCUUACUCUGUUAUUUCCUCGUUUUAGUGUUGUUCCUCUAAAAGGAAGGAGAUAUACUGCCAAGCGACAGGGAAAUAAAAUGAAGCUCUUUAGCGAGCAAACCGGACUGAAUUAACUGUGCGUACUGUCUGACGUGAGGUGAUUGUAAACUACUGUAUGUACACAUUUUAUUUUUCUUAAAAAGGAAAAACGUCUAUAUAUCUAAAUGGUGUAAAUACAAAGACUGGGAACAUCCGGCUUCACAAAAGAGCACAUAUCACAUGUAUCUGUAAUCUAGUAUUAAGUGUGCUAGUUUCGCCUGCGAGUUGUCACUGAGCUCUUUAAACAUGUACACGAGAGUCAAUCUGUCAGGUGUAGUUUGUGCGGAUGAAUCAACGUAUAAAGUUGAGUCUGAUUCGAGGGCUCUCAGCAUCUUGUACAAAUGGCGAUUUUGACUGGACAUCAAACACAAUCUCUAAAUCAUUUGUCAAUCCAGCUGCCCUUGAAUCUGUAAAUGUUCCUCUGUGUUUCCGACCAGGUAAGAGUACGCCGGGUACUGUAUUGUUGCUUUUCAGGCCCUAAUUCAUUAAUCCCCCCGGAUCAAUGCCAGUUGUUCUCACCUUUGAAAAGCUGGUCAAUCUGACACAAGACCGGUUCGGUCUCUGACAGCAUGACUGACACAGAAUAGGCCGAGCCUUCGACGCAACCUAGUUUACAUCCUGAUUGAAAGGUCAGACUGCCAUCGGUCCUUUGAUGCGGAUGUGAGAGUAGAAAGGAAGUUAUGUCGUCAGUCGUGCACCGAGAGGCAGAACGCUUUAGCUCCUCAUUAAGAAGAGAACAUGCCGACCUUCCAACUCCUCCAGCGGGAAUAUUGCAAUCAAGGAAUGAAUGCCUUGAGAAUAUUAAAGAACUGUAGAUGUUCCACGGCCUGUACACACGCACACAUUUAAAAGCCUUAAUAUCACCCGUCACAUUUCCCUUGUGUAUAUAAUAUAAAUAAAUAAACAAAACGUGACCACGUAAAACAACAGUGAUGUCACAUCCUGUGUUGUAACUUCACAGCUGUGAGCAUGAAGGAUGUAUAGUUUUAAUUGCGUUUUAUAUGAUAUGAUUUUUCCGUUUUUCCUCAUUUCUUUUAUGUUUUUGUUGGAUGACCUGUGCUUUGUUUUAUUCCGAGUGGUUUAUUGAUGCCUGUAAUGUGUUUGUGCUGUAAACAAUUAAGCGGUGCUGCAAACUCGCUCACGGACACAGAAACACAGCUUUACUAAACGCUUUAUCACCUUGCGUUGCUUUUGACUUUUGUUUUCGCUGUGUGAAAAUGAUUUGGGGUCUGUCUUUGUAAAAUUGUCUUUUCUUAUUUGGUUGCUUAUUAAAGUCUUAAAUAUAUUUGAAAGUGA